AUGGCUUCUCCACUCUCUGGAACCGGCAAACUCGCCUGUGCCUUUAUCGUUCCCGACGCAACAACCAACCUUGGCGAUGUCCUUCCUCGAUGGACAGAGUCUCACCUCUCCGCUCCGGCUAUUAUCAUCACCCCCAACACCGAGGAUGACAUUGUCGCCGCCAUCCAUCUUGCUAAGCAGAACAACCUCAAUAUUGUCCCUGGCGGCGGUGGGCAUGGUACUUUCACGACCAUCGACAACAAAACCGCGUACCUCGAUCUCAGGAACUUCAAUGAUAUCCAGCUUGACCAGGCCUCCAGCACCGUUCGCCUCCAAGCGGGAGUGCGCACGGGGAGCUUGCUCAAAUACCUAGUCGCGCAGGGUUACUACACCACGAUUCCCAAUUCGAAUGCCGUGGGUGCGGUGGGUGCAAUUCUGGGUGGGGGGAACACGUCGCAGAAUGGCCUGCAUGGCUUCAUGAUCGACAAUGUCCUUUCGUUUCGCGUCAUCACCGCGGAGGGCAAGGCCGUUGAAGUUGGGUCGUCGUCGACGGGAGAGGAUCUCGCUUUGUUCUACGCUUUGUGCGGUGCCGGGCAUGGUCUCGGAGUUGUCAUGGCCGCAACGAUGAAGGCCUACCCCAUCUCUUCUCUGCAUCUGACCGAGAACAAGCUGUGGACCCGUGUGCUGAUGUUUCCUCCCUCCGCCAUCAACGAUGUGGUUGAAGCAUAUUGCUCCUUUGACCCACCGGCCGUGCCUCUCAACGUCCAAAUCACGUUCCUAUGCAGUCCGCCUGGUGCUCCAGCCGCUGGCUCACCUAUCAUCGUUCUCUCCGCGACAUACUACGGUCCUUCUGAGGAUGCUGAGAAGGCCGCCGCCAAGUUGUUCGAAGCGAUUCUUGUCGGAAAGGCCUUCAAAGCGGACCAGGCGCUAGUGCCUCUUUCCAACAUCAACGACGCCUUCGAGCCGCUCAAUGCGCAUGGCGGAUUCAAGAGUAUGAAUGCCGCGCGAAUCAAAAACUUGGCUCCCCAGGCCAUUAAGGAGAGUUUCUCGAAAUGGGCUCAAGUCAUGGAAGAGCUUCCCGAUGCGGCUCGCACGGCGGUCGUGUUUUACAAGUUUAACCCGGAUAAGCUCCGCGCCAACGGAGAUAUAAAAGAGAUCGAGAACAGGUUCCUUGAAGGGCGAGAUAGGGGCUCGACAGCCAUAGCCACGACGUGGUGCGCAGCUCCGGCGUCGAGAGACAGGCUAGGCGACUUUGUAGACGAGUUUUUCACCAUUUGUCGAAGUGCAGACAAGGUUCCGCCGAGGACGUUUGCGAAUACGAUGAAGCUUGGUGUGGACCUGGGUGAGCUGUUCCAGGAAGAGAAGGUGGAGGAGUUGCAAAGGGUGAAGGAGUAUUGGGACCCAAACGGCGUGUUUUGGAGCCCGUACAAGCCGGUUUUGACAAACCAGACACGUAUCUGA